AUGGAUCUUAGCCCAAUGACCCUGGCAAAGGUGCUACUACCUGUAACUCCUAUACUCCUGAAAACAGCAGUCUUGAACACUCUCUCCCUUUCACUUAAUGCCGGAAAACAAGAUCUACGCACAGAGCUCACCGUGUCUGUGAUACGUGAGCUGCUCAAGAAACCCAAUCCGAUCGGCAAAAUUCAAAGGGGAGGCUUGAGAGAUCCUGGUAUCAAAGGAAAGAUGUGGAUCUCGAAGAUUACACUGCCAAAACCGGAGGAUCAUGAAGGAAUAAGACCCAGAGAUGCGCUGGACAUGGCAAUCAAGGAUCUGGGAGAUGGGUCCGAGACAUAUAGGCUGCCGGAGACCUCAGCCGUGGAAGCAGAAUGGACUGGCUAUCGGGGUGGAGUCGACAGCGACGCCCCAAGACCCGACAUUUCCGAGGAAGAGCAAUACCGACAGUUGAUGUCUGAGGUCCGAUCAAAGGUGACGGUCCUCUAUUUUCAUGGCGGUGCAUACGUCGCAAUGGACCCAGCAUCGCACCGCCUCCCAGUCUCUUACCUCGCCAAAUUGACCUCCGGCCGUUGCCUCUCCGUCCGCUACCGCCUCGCCCCCCAACACCCCUUCCCCACCGCAAUCCUCGACGGCCUAAUCGCCUACCUGUCUCUCCUCUCCCCACCCUCAGACUCCUACCACACCGCCGUAUCUCCCUCCAACAUCGUCUUCGCAGGCGACAGCGCAGGCGGGAAUUUGUGUCUAUCCCUUUGCCAGACCCUCCUAACGCUCCAACGAAAGGGAAUCCGCAAAAUCCGCUUCCAUGGCCGCGACGUCGCCCUCUCCCCCCCGGCCGGAAUCGCUCUGAGCUCACCUUGGUGCGACAUCAGCCGCGCUAUGCCUUCCUGCCAUACCAACGCCACCUACGACUACCUCAUGCCACCUCCGGAUUUUGGUCUAGCCGCCGACUUGCCGUCCGAUGACAUAUGGCCAACGCAGCCGCCCAGGGUGGACAUGUACGUCAACGCAACCGCGCUCAUUCAUCCCCUCGUCUCGCCUGUAGCGGCGAAACCGGAGCUCUGGAGGGGUGCGCCGCCCACGUACAUGUGUGCCGGGACGGAGGCGCUGGAAGACGAGAUCGCGGUUGUGGCUAGACACAUGGAUGAGGCGGGAGUAUAUGUGCAGUUUGAUACGUAUGAGGGCAUGCCGCAUUGUUUUGGGAUGAUCUUUCCGAAGAGUCCAAUGGGGAGGGAGUCUAUAAAGAGUUGGGGGAAAUUCAUCGUGGAAGCAGGAGAUGUGGGGAUUUUGGAGAAGGAGGCGGGGGGAAGGCGAAGGGGGAAGGCCACUAUGGCAGUGGCUUUUAAGGAUCCAGUUGUGAAGCGCGAAGUCAAGUGGAAUGAGCUCAAGCAGGAGUUAAGUGGUGAAGAUGUAGAGAGCUUGUUAAGGGCGAAGAGGGAGAGGUAUAUCAAGAAGGAGGAGGAGUUGGUGAGGGCGUGGAAGAAAGACGAGGAGCCGAGUCUGCAGGGGGGAGAAGGUGAGAACGUGAUGCAGGCGAACGGGGAAAUUAAGAACGGGCAAAAGCAGCGACAUGACCUGUGCCAGGGCCAGGGCCAAGGCCAGGAGGACUCGAGUUUGGCGGCGAAGUCGAAAUUAUGA